AUGAGGAUAAUCUGCUCCGGGACGAUGAUUUUCACUCCUAUGACGAUCUCCAGGCUCGAUUCGAUGAAAUCCAGCUCUAAGACAGCUUCUAGGAUGUGUUCUUCGUGCACGGCCGUGCAAUCUUCAGGGCCUGCCCGUGCAGCUCCUCGGCAUGAGGCGCACGGCCAGAUUGCAACCGUGCACGGCCGUGCAGCCCCUCUGGUCUGCCCGUGCAGCUCCCAAAAACCUCGCCAUUCGUCUGUUCUUCGUCCAAUCGACCCCAGAAUCGCUCCUAAGCCUUCAUUCACGUACUAG